GUCUAACUAUGCUGUCUUGUUGUAGGAACUGAUAGUACAAACCUCACACAACCCACCCCACCUUCUUCCUCAGACCCCUCCCUGCAGACUAGCGAUGCCAUACCACUGUCCAGUCUCCCGAACUAUCCCCCAGUUAUCAGUGACGACUUCAAAAGUUUAUUGAAUUAUAAUGACAGCUUACAACGGAACGUGUCUUCUCCCCUGUUGCUGAAUACAAUCCGUAUUGGUGCCUGUUGCCCCGCCCCUGCCGCCGUACCCACGGGAUCUAUGGGUACAACCCCUGGGCUCUCGCCCUCUACGUCUAAUGUUCAUUCGCCCCAAGUCAAUGAGCCAUCCACACCAUCGGGUACUGUGAACUCUCCCCAACAAGCAGUACAUUCCCCAGGGUCGAUGAGUAGUUGGCCAAGGCAACGACGGACAACACUGGAUGCGAUAAACUUAAAUACGACAAUAUUUCAGUUGUUACGGUCGUGUAAAUUUGCGAAAAAGGGCACGCCACUUGUGCCACUUAGCGAGACGGAGAUCCAAGAAAUCCUUGAGGUGGAGCCGCUAUUUUUCACACAGGAUCCUGUUGCUGUGCUAGAACCUAUCUUGGAAAAGUGGGAAAUUAAUCUGUCGCAUAAUCUGCACGGACUUGGACUUCCCCUUGUAUGGAAAGGUAUACAGGGAGCGGUGAACUACCUCCGAGUGCUUGAUAGCCAAGAAAAGACGAAGACUCUUCAACCUAUCACUGAACGCUUUGCACUAAUCUUCUUUAGCCUCAACUACUAUGAGCUCUGUAAACACCCGGACAAAUAUUGCCCCGGCUUCAAGCCGAACGUGAGCUCUGUUCUUAAUUGUAUACUCGCUGCCUACCCAGACGAUCCCCGUCUACCAAACAGCUUGCAAAGCCGCCGCAAUAAGAUUUCCGGUUUUUAUGCCAGACGUGGAAAUUGGUGGUGGAUGGUUGGAGCGACACUGGGAGUUGGCCUCUGGCUUGUUCCAGACGAUCUGAUACGUACCAUUAAGGGAUUUAAAAUUGACCAAAUCCAUGCUCUCGCUACAUUAUCUUUGAAUACGCGGCCAGGAAGCGUUCGCAUGCUCCAUUCGCUGGAGCCUGUGGUAAAAUACAUCUUGCUUGGAGAGAUCAAGAGCAAUCUUUGGCAGGCAAUUUUGGAUGGUAGCCUUCUCGAAAGAGAUGAAUUAAUAUGUGCCUACGACGAAGAUCAGAAGGCCCUGGCGUCCCAGCGAAUUGAAUUUCCCUGGAGGGUUGAGGAUACCAUAUCCUCUGCGGGCAAGAAAAUGACAGAGUUUCUGGCUUUCCUACACACGCACUAAUUUCUGAAUGGAAAGGAUUUUGCAACACCAUUUUCAUCCAGUUGUGCAUUUCUUAGCAUGGUGGCUUUUCUUUCAAAUUUUUUGGUGCUAUUUUGAAACCGGUUAUAUUGAUUGGGUGAUAACACUGGCUUUCUGAGACAAAUUGCGUCGCCCCUUUUAGGGAUGAAUGUUCCUAUGAACACUUGGGCUUCAUCUUUGUUGCUCAUCAGCUCUAUGGUGCCA